UCAUACAAACAUGAAGACAGUCCUCCUCGUUUUUUGUUCGUUGGUGGGUCUCGCUGUCGGGAAAGAAGUGUUCGACAACAGAAAGAAUCCAUUUUCACAAAGCAUGAUCGACUUCAUCAACUCUUUAAACACGACUUGGCAGGCCGGACCCAACUUCCACAGCUCUGUUCGCGUGGGUUACAUUCGUGGUCUCAUGGCAGAGCAUCCGAACAGCAGCGAACACCGGCUCAAAGAAGUCGUCCAUGGAAACUUCUCUGAGGAAUUACCCGAGAGCUUUGACGCGCGUCAACACUGGCCUCACUGCGAUUCCAUCGGCUUGAUUCGAGAUCAGUCUUCCUGCGGGGCAUGCUGGGCUUUUUCUGCAGUUAGUGCCAUGUCUGAUCGCAUCUGCAUACACAGCCAAGGAAAGAUUCAGGUGAAUAUUUCGGCGGAGGACCUUCUCACCUGCUGUGACAUGUGCAGUUUUGGCCAAUUUGACGUGGCGUCAGCCAAGAAGGACGAGGCGACGGCAGGGAAGGAUGAAGUGUCGACGAAAGGGGCGCCAAUUAAAGCGACUGAGGGACAGCAAAGCAACGAAGUCAACAUGGUCGACGCUAGUGCGCUCGCCUGA